GGUGAAUCAGCUGUGGCCCUGACCAGGAGGAACUCACAGUCUAGUGCGAUAGACCGUGGUCAGCAGAUGUGUCCUGCCCAGUGAGAGGGUGCGUGUUGUGCCUAAGGCAGAGUGUGUGUGUGUGGCAUAGACUCGGCUCUCUUCUGCAGCCUCUUUGGGGCCAUAGGACCAGGUGCUGUUUUGAGUGACACACUGUUCUGAACUCUGCCCCAAGGGGGCUCCUGUGCUGGACAUGCCUGUGCCCGAAGAGGGCACCCCGCCACCGCUGAGUGGCACCCCCGUCCCGGUUCCAGCCUACUUCCGCCAUGCAGAACCUGGCUUCUCCCUCAAGAGGCCUCGGGGGCUCAGUCGGAGCCUCCCGCCCCAGCCCCCUGCCAAGGGCAGCAUCCCCAUCAGCCGCCUCUUCCCUCCUCGGACCCCAGGCUGGCACCAGCCCCAGCCCCAGCGGGUGUCGUUCCGAGGCCGAGCCUCCGAGCCCCUGCAGAGCCCCGGGUAUGACCCGAGCCGGCCGGAGUCCUUCUUCCAGCAGAGUUUCCACAGGCUCGGCCGCCUGGGCCACGGCUCUUAUGGAGAGGUCUUCAAGGUGCGCUCCAAAGAAGACGGCCGGCUCUAUGCCGUGAAGCGCUGCAUGUCGCCUUUCCGGGGCCCCAAGGACCGGGCCCGCAAGCUGGCCGAGGUCGGCGGCCAUGAGAAGGUGGGGCAUCACCCAUGCUGUGUGCGGCUGGAGCAAGCCUGGGAGGAGGGCGGCAUCCUAUACCUGCAGACAGAGCUGUGUGGGCCCAGCCUACAGCAGCACUGUGAGGCCUGGGGCACCAGCCUGCCCGAGGCCCAGGUCUGGGGCUACCUGCGGGACACCCUGCUGGCCCUGGCCCACCUGCACAGCCAAGGCCUGGUCCACCUUGACGUCAAGCCCGCCAAUAUCUUCCUGGGGCCCCGGGACCGCUGCAAGCUGGGUGACUUUGGGCUGCUGGUGGAGCUGGGUGCAUCCGGAGCUAGCGAGGCCCAGGAGGGAGACCCUCGCUACAUGGCCCCCGAGCUGCUUCAAGGCUCUUAUGGGACAGCAGCAGAUGUGUUCAGUCUGGGUCUCACCAUCCUGGAGGUGGCGUGCAACAUGGAGCUGCCCCAUGGUGGGGAGGGCUGGCAGCAGCUGCGCCAGGGCUACCUGCCCGUUGAGUUCACUGCUGGCCUGUCUUCUGAGCUGCGUUCUGUCCUCACCAUGAUGCUGGAACCUGACCCCAAGCUGCGGGCCACAGCCGAGGCCCUGCUGGCCCUGCCCAUGCUCAGGCAGCCGCGGCCCUGGACCGUCCUGUGGUACAUGGCUGCCGAGGCCCUCAGUCGAGGGUGGGCCCUGUGGCAGGCCCUGCUUUCCCUGCUGUGCUGGCUCUGGCACGGGUUGGCACACCCUGCCAGCUGGCUGCAGCCCCUGGGUCCGCCGGCCACCCCGCCUGGCUCGCCGCCCUGCAGCCUCCUCCUGGACAGCAGCCUCGCCAGCAACUGGGAUGACGACAGCAUAGGGCCCUCGCUCUCUCCAGAGGCCAUCCUGGCCAGGGCUGCCGGGAGCACCUCCACCCCCUGCAGUGGCUCCCCUGCCCCCCGGGGCAGGUACACGCUGAGGGAUUCUCUGGACCUAAGUGACAUUGACUCAGAGCCCCCACAGGGCACCUUCCCCUCCUUUGAGCCCCGGAACCUCCUCAGCCUGUUUGAGGACUCACUGAACCCAACCUGAGCCCACGGGCCCGGGCUCGGCACUUUUAACCUCUUAGCCCCUUCCCUCCAUCCUCCUGGAGGCUGGGGUCCCUCUGGAAACUCCAGUGGUCGCUUCUGCCUGGCCGUGUCUAA